UCUCCCUCCUCCCUCCCACGCCCUCCCCCGCCCUCCUCUUCGGGGAAACGUACGGCUCGAGCUCGCCGGAACUCAGGUUUGGCGACGCUCUUUGACGAGCCCGUCCCGGACUUUGACUGUCCACUUGCUGUGGGAUAUCUGCAGCGGGAGCUCGCGCCAACAUUCAGACCAGGUCUCGUCAAUCUUCCUGACGGCCCCAGCAGGCCAACCCGAGUCUCCCGACCCCUCCUCGACGGGUGGGCGUGCCAGGGGGGGGCCCUUGGCAGAGCCAGCAGCCAUGGCGCGCACCCCGCUGAUGAGCUCGCUUGCCGUGCUGGCGCUCCUGGCGUUCGGCCUCCGCUGCGCCUUCGUGCCGGCGCCCGAGGCCAGCUCCGCCCGCCUCCCGGAGCUCUCGCCCGCCGCCGCCGCCGCGGUGUUGGGCGCGGCGCCCGCGCUCGCCGCCGAGAUCGACGCCGCCGAGGCCUACAACCGCAAGGUGCUGGAGGGCGCCGCCUACGGCGGGAUGCUGUGCGUCUUCAUGCUCGGCCUCAUCGUCCAGGGCGUCCGCAGGGACGUGGGCAACAAGUGGCUCAACUGAGCGGGCAAGCGCGUGGCCACGCGCGCGCGCCCUGUCUGGGCUCCUGGCCCCGUGGGGGCUGGGCAGGGGCCGGCUGGGACCCCGAGGGAAGCACGUGGCAGACAGAGGGGCCAUACUGCGCCACACCCGUGUUUUUUUCAAGUGAUCGCCUCGGAGAGCCGGUGGGCCCAUUGGCGGGCGGCUGCUCGGGCGACGCCGCGCGGCCCGUGCCGGAGCGGCGGCCGCGCGCGCGAUGUGAAGAGCCAGAGGCACUGCAGUGGAGCCUCCUCCUCCUCCUCCUCCUCAUCCUCAUCCUCAUCCUACCCUUUCCCCUCCUCCUCCUC